GUGGGGUGAGAGGCCUGGGAGAAAGGUUCGGGAGAUUGGGAAGGUGAGAAGUUUUGGGUAAAGGCUGGAGACAACCUUGAGCAGGGAAGGGGACCUAAGUGCAAGCACGGAGAGCGGCCAGUGUGCUCAUUGCAAGGUAGAGCAGAAGCAGGAGGAGGCUGGGGUGAGAUAAGGGUGCCCCGAAACACUGGGCUGUAACCCCUGUAGAGCGCUGACCACGCCCUCUAGGUGAGCUAGCCCAGGUACCUGACGGGUUCUGCCCAGCCCUCCCUCUCCCUACCUCAUGUCACCAAUAACCCCUGAUCCCCACCCCCGCUAGGACCGGGGAAAGGUAGAAAAAGGUAGAGGACGCUAUCCCAUCCUAUUCCCCGCCGCGCUCCGGGGUUGUUUGCUUGCACCUCCCAGGUGGUCACGCUCCCUGCACCUGCGGAGCUAGCUCCUGUAAACGUGAAGAACGGAAAGGAGCCAGUUUCCUCCGCCUCCCUGGGUUCUCUUGAGGCCACUCCACAGUCCUGUUGUGACUGCCUCACCCGCUGGCGAAAGUAAGAUCUACAAUAGCUGCCCUGUCCCCAUUCUCCAAACAGCUGGUCCCAAGAUCGCUGUUGGAGUGCUGGAUGGAGCCUUUCUCUGUCCUCUGUGACAUUUCCAAUUGUAUAUAAUGCCUCACAUCUCUGCUCCCCCGGGACCCCGUGGAGUCCCCAUGAUCUCGAAGACAGCUUGAACCUAGACCUCACCCCAGGAUGUUGCGGAGGCUGCUGGAGCGGCCCUGCACACUGGCCCUGCUUGUGGGCUCCCAGCUGGCCGUCAUGAUGUACCUGUCGCUGGGGGGCUUCCGAAGCCUCAGUGCCCUAUUUGGCCGAGAGCAGGAGCCGGCAUUUGACUAUUCUCAUCCCCAUGAUGUCUACAGUAACCUCAGUCACCUGCCUGGGGCCCCUGUUGCCCCAGGGGGCCCCCCAGCUCCUCAAGGUCUGCCCUACUGUCCAGACCGAUCUCCUCUCUUAGUGGGUCCUGUGUCCGUGUCCUUUAGCCCAGUGCCAUCACUGGCAGAGAUUGUGGAGAGGAAUCCCCGGGUGGAACCAGGGGGGCGGUACCGCCCUGCAGGGUGUGAGCCCCGGUCCCGAACAGCCAUCAUUGUGCCCCACCGUGCCCGGGAGCACCACCUGCGCCUGUUGCUCUACCACCUGCACCCAUUCCUGCAGCGCCAGCAGCUUGCUUAUGGCAUCUAUGUCAUCCACCAGGCUGGAAAUGGAACAUUUAACAGGGCAAAGCUGCUGAAUGUUGGGGUGCGGGAGGCCCUGCGUGAUGAAGAAUGGGACUGCUUGUUCUUGCAUGAUGUGGACCUCCUGCCAGAGAACGACCACAAUUUGUAUGUGUGCGACCCCCGAGGCCCCCGGCAUGUUGCUGUUGCCAUGAACAAGUUUGGAUACAGCCUCCCGUACCCACAAUACUUUGGAGGGGUCUCAGCGCUCACUCCUGACCAGUACCUGAAGAUGAAUGGCUUCCCCAAUGAAUACUGGGGCUGGGGUGGUGAGGAUGAUGACAUUGCUACCAGGGUACGCCUGGCUGGGAUGAAGAUCUCUCGUCCCCCCACAUCUGUGGGACACUAUAAGAUGGUGAAGCACCGAGGAGAUAAGGGCAACGAGGAAAAUCCUCACAGAUUUGACCUCCUGGUCCGUACCCGGAAUUCCUGGACUCAAGAUGGGAUGAACUCGCUGACAUACCGAUUGCUGGCAAGAGAGCUGGGCGCUCUCUAUACCAACAUCACAGCAGACAUUGGAACUGACCCUCGGGGUCCUCAGACUCCCUCUGGUCCCCAUUACCCACCUGGUUCCUCCCAGGCCUUCCGUCAGGAGAUGCUGCAGCGCCGGCCCCCAGCCAGGCCUGGCCCUCUGCCUGCUGCCAACCACACAGCCUCUCAUGGUUCACAAUGACUACUCCUUAAUCAUGAAACUGAAUCUUGCCCACUUUAAUCAUGAAACUGAAUCAGUGGGGUUGUAUCCUCCCCAUCCUCAGCUCCUCACUGCUCUUAGAGGGAUGUGGGGGAACUGAGCUCUACUGGUGUGCUGGGGGCAGGGGCCUCUCCUCACUGCUGGACUGGAGCUGGGCUCCUCUAGCCCUGGGGGUUCCUCUUUCUAGGGUCACCUGCCAGGGCUUAUGACUGUGAAUCCUUGAUGUCAUGAUUUUAUGUGACGACUCCUAGGAGUCCCCUGCCUAUGGGGUAGGAGCAGGGCUGGACCCCAAAUCCCUUCCUCUUCCAUGGAGAGAAGAGUGAUCUGGCUUCUCCAGGGACCUCUGUGAAUAUUUAUUCUAUUUAUGGUUCCCAGGAAGUGUGUUUGAAGGAAGCCUCUCCCUGGGUACUUUCUGCCAGUGCUGGAAUAGCUCCCUCUUCUGGACCUUGCUCAGGGGGCUGGGAUUUUGAUAUAUUUUCUAAUAAAGGACUUUGUCUC